GGUGAUGUGCUGAUGGGAGCCGGUGAGAAGGCGAUGCGCUGCGGAAAGGUUGGGGACGAGCUGUUGGAGCUCUCCUCGUUGAUCUGUGCAGCCGAGAUGUUUGGGACGAGCUGCCGGAGUUACUGGUGGACGAAAAUUAAGAUCUGGAAGCACCAUUAUCUUCAGGCGCGACAACUUCGGGUGGUUCGACGACUUGGACGCUACGACGAUCUGGAGGUGCUUGCCGGCGCGCAUGGAUUGUUGAGUUCGAUUGAUGGAUCAGGAGGACGAUCACACAAUGACCUCAUCGCGGAGUUCAUCCAGGUCAUGGCCUACUCCUCCCUUGCGGACACCGCCCAACACCUCGACUCCUGCGGCUGGUGGCUCCGCCACCGUCCCUAGAUUGUCGGUGGACGAGGCGCAGGAGGAGGCAGUGCGCGAUCCAAUCCCUGGUGACCUCCUCGCCAUGGCGCCUCCUGGCGAAUCCCUGGACGAGCGCGAUAAGCUUAUGGCUAAGGGGACGGCGGGCGGCUUCCAGGAUCAAUCGGAGCUAGACGUGGGCACGGAUCGUGUGGUGAUGGGGAGGACCGAUUCUUCCUGGGGAGGAGGCAGCUGGCUGGGGGAGGAGUGAAAUUGGGGGAGGAGGGG